AUGGACGGCCAAGAGAUUGCUGCAGCGACUGCCUUUGCCGAUCCGGCUGUCACGACGGCCAUCACAUCAACUUCUGAUACAAGUGCAUCUAACGAACAAGAGCCUACACCUAUCCAAACCAUGCAGACGUGUCCAACAUUAGCGACCCGUGACGACGCAAACGCAGUCCCCUCACUCACUCCCGAACAAGGCUCUGGAUAUCUCUUCCUUCCAACCCGUCUUAUUAUGCCCACCACACAGCCUCAAACCGAAGAAAGGGAAGUGAUAGAGAUAAGCGAUACCGACGACGAGCCGAGUAAGAAGGGUCCUGACAGACGGAAGAAGCGAGCUGCGAGCAACCCUACCGCCGAAUUGCGUCGAAGCAGGAGACGGACGGGCGAACCCAACUAUGUUGAGGUGCGGCAGCGUAAUAGACAGCUCGAAUCGGCGAGAGGAUCUCCCUCGAAGCGCAGUACAGGAGGUCGAGGAGGGCGAGGAGAGCAAGAAGGGCGAGGAGGGCAAGGAGGGCAAGGAGGGCGAGGAGGGCGAGGUGGCCGUCUUUCCACUUCCGCCCGUACACAAUCCCUGCCCACAAACACCCCUCGGAUCGUUCGGAACAUUUUCUCUAUCGACUCUUCUCCCUCCACCCCCACACUGCCUUCACAGCUCCUGCCACCCUCCUGCCAACCCUACCCCCCGCGCACUCCUUCCCCUCCCCAAUACCCUCCCCAAUACCCCCCACCAGCGACCCAACCCUGCAUCAGUGCCGACCUUACGCCCCAACAACGCAUCACACACAACCUGCAAGCUCUCAGCCAAGCAGUCUCGGAAUCCAACUCAGCCUUCGUUCGCGGUCUACAAGCCUACGAUCUGGUUUCUCACGAUUUAGCCUGGCUCAAGAUGCGGUUUUCUAGUGUGGGUGCGAGGGUUAACGACUAUGCAAGGUGGUUGGCUCAGAUGGCGAGGUGGGCGAACGUGAAUGCACUGGGGAUUCAGAAUGCAAUCAAGGAGGGGAGAGGCGAGGUGCCACUGACUGAGCUUCCUGAGGUGAGAGCGAGGCGGCAGGGACGGACGAGGGAGCUGUGA